CCUUCAAAGCAAUAAAUUAUAAAUUUCUUUGGCAGAAAAUUUAUUGUUAUUAUUUUUGCUCAACAAAAUUAUGCUUCUUAAAUAAAUAUACUGCAAUCACACUCGGGUUGUUUGCAAGCAAAGUGACUGGUCGAACGUCGAAGCAGUGCUCUAAUGGUGUUGAUCAAUUGUGUGGCGAAGCAUGGGAUGUAAACCAAGUCGUCCGAAUAGAAGAAGAGACUCAAGCUCAGAGUCAUGUGGUUGUUGUAAUCCAGAAUGCGAAGUAACUCAACACGGAAGACGGGGUACACGCGGUCAGAGCCAAAGUCGAUAUGAAGCACCGCCGUUAUGUCGCUCACAUACAAAUGUGUGCUUAAGUCCGUCAAAGUGUCAUCUCAUAGCCACGCGUGUGGUAAUUUGUAAGAAGAGUCCCAAUUAGAUUUGUUCAGCGAACUCGACAAUACAAAUACAUGAAAUUUGUUUUGAUUUGAUAUAAUAUUUGAAGUAUUUUCCAAAAGGAAAUGUCAAAGAAUUAUUUGGAAUUUAAAAGAAAGUUGGAAAAAUAUUUUUGACUCAAAAUUUCUGUUGUCAAAAGGGAAAAACGUGAUUCGUAAACAAAAUUCAAUAUUACAAAUUCGCUUGUGGUCGUAGAACGGCGACCGGCCAUACAAAACGCUGUCAACAUUUCGGAGCACAAGCUGAAGCAGCUUUUACAAAAUGGGCAAUGUCGGUAGUAGUAAUCGUAGUGAUCCUUAUCGAUCUUCACAGCCUCAAAGCUAUCAGUAUUAUGAGCAAGCAAGACCACAGAUGCGGAAUCGUGAUCAAUACAAUGUAUCAGGAAAUGUGAACGAAGCGAGCGUGGGCCCACGUAUUGUUGUGCACGGCACUCCGUACAUAGACCGACCGAGCCAAUAUGAGGUAAGGGAACGGACACCGAAGAGAAUACAAAAACACAGCACGCCGAAAUCUUCACACAGCGGCGCAGAGAUGUGUGUACGCGAGUUUGGCAUUUCACCACAACGACCACAAGCAAUAUCAGAAACCUCUAUGCUCUCAACACAGAGAACACCGCGGCGACCUCAACCGUUGCGACCUCCAAUACAGGCACGUCCGCAACAACAGCAGCAACCAGUGCGCAAUCCGAUAGAAUCGUGUAAUUGUAAGGCCUGUCGCGAAAAGGAUGAGAAAUUAGCAGCAUAUGAGGCAGGUCCAUCAGCCGCCGCCAACACAACUUACGUGUCACCUAUCGAAUUGACGUCAACUUCAACGGCACCAAAGCGUAUUGCCUGCACCAUCGACAACUCUUGUACUGGCUGUAGCCGUGGCGGUCAGGGCUACAUAGAGCCAUACUCAGCAGCGCGCAGUACAGCUUUUGACAGGAACUUGAAUGACACGAGUCGUGAAAGGAACCGUAGAGAACAAAACGAAGUUUCUGUAGAACGUUCAGGAAGGAGUUGCUGCAAAUAUGCGGAUGAAACUUAUGCAAAUACGUCGACGCGUAUGCAUCAGAGUUCCACACCAAGCGAAACCCAAACAUCCAAGUGCAGGGGUGAAACCCAGCCAAUUACAUCGACGCGAAUACACGAGAGCUCAGUGGGAAAUGAAACCCAAACAUCCAAAUACAUGGACGAAGCAUAUCCCAUUACUUCGACGCGAAUCCAUAAUAAUACCAUCUCAAGGGAAAGUCAAGCGUGCAAAUAUAGGGACGAAACUUAUGCAGACACGUUUAACCGGAUGCCUUCGAGCAUCGUGCAAACCCAAUCAUCGAAACCAGCGCAAUUACAAGUAUGCUACGAUGGCGGAAUGAUAUCGAGGUAAGGUUAUGUCGCGAGUCUGUCGAAAUUUGUA